ACAGCUGAGGGACUGGACGACUCCUGUCUCACUAUGUCUUCUGCCCUCCAAGGAAAGCUGCAGCCGGACGGAGACAACAAGAAACCAGUGGACUGGAGGAGUCUGGGCUGAAGUACCGGGUUCAGAACCUGCUUCAUAGUCCAGGGAACUGAGACAUCCAGGGUCUGUUAAUCCAGAUCAUUGUGGAGGGGAACAUUGCCAGUGGGAAGACCACGUGUCUGGAGUACUUCAGCAGAACCAGCGACAUCGAGGUCCUCACAGAGCCGGUCUCCAAGUGGAGGAACGUCCGAGGACACAAUCCUCUGGCUCUGAUGUACCAGGAUCCUGAACGCUGGGGCCUGACGCUGCAGAGCUACAUCCAGCUCACCAUGCUGGACCGACACACGUCCACCACAGAGGCUGCAGUCAGGAUGAUGGAGAGGUCCAUCUUCAGCGCCAAGUACAUCUUUGAGGAGAACCUCUUCAGAAGUGGGAAGAUGCCCGAGGUGGACUUUGCCGUGCUCAGUGAGUGGUUCCACUGGAUCACCGCCAACAUGUCCAUUCCUGUGGAUCUGACUGUCUACCUGCAGACGGAUCCUGAGACGUGCCACCGGCGGCUGAAGCAGCGCUGCCGAGAGACGGAGGAGAAGGGCAUUACACUGGAGUACCUGCAGGCCAUCCACGAGCUGUACGAGGACUGGCUGGUCAGACGGACCUCGUUCUCGCUGCCGGCUCCCGUCUUGGUGAUUCCUGCGGACGGCGACCAUCAGGACAUGAUGCUCAAGUACGAAGAGAACCGAGAGCAGAUCCUGGCUGCUGCAAUCUUCUGACAUGCGCACACACACACACACACACACACACACACACACUCCCAAUCUGAGCAGAGCUCUGAACCUGGGGGGAUCUGAAGGAGACUCACGGAGUUCUUCAUUUUUCUCAAUUUUAACUGAAGAAUGUUUGAAAUGUUUUUUUUCUGUUGGAAUCAAUAAAACUGAUCGU